CUUGUUGAAAUGAUAGGAAGUGGUGAAACAGCUACGCGCUCCAGUGUGGUCAGCUUUCCUGCACGAGCGUCAGUGGUUUCCACGGGUUACCAGACUCGCUCUGUUCCAGGAAGAGACAGGACUUUUUCCCAGACUUGAAAGCCUUCCCGUUUUUCAAAAUAACGGGAUUAUCAAAUGCUCAUGUUUCUGAACAAGUAAAUGAAAUAAGACAAAACGAGAGGAAUCUUCCUGAUCAUGUCUGCUUUGGUUCGACCUGAAGUCGAUGCUUUGAAGCUUUGUGCCGAUGCAGACGAGCUGCUCACAGCAGGAGACCUGGGGAAAUCCACCUCCCUGUACAUGUCCGCCUUCAUGACUAAUGCCUCCACCGCCGUGUCACACAUGAGGAAACUAGACGAGCUGAACCUGGAGGGGGUCAUCCUUACUCUAGAAAGUUGGCUGGAUGGGGACCUUCCAGCUGCUAAGUGUCUUAAUAAAGGUAUUGCAGCCGUUUUCUUGUCUACACUCAGCCCCAGCAAUCUGUCAGCUACUAUUUUCAAAAUGGAAUCUCUUCUUCAGAGUGGUGGACAUGGAUGUGAGGAGAUUUUUGCUCGCUGCACUGAUCUGCUCGAAGGAAAGCGAAACCCUCCACCGGAUGGUUCAUAUCGUGUGUUGGUUGAGAUAACUCGGGGUCUGGCCUACUUUCUGUGCAAGCCUCAUAGUUCAGAGAGUGUAAGGCUUUACCUCAAAGCUUAUCGUGAUAACAAAGUGGAAAGUGUAAUGUUAGUUCAACACAGGCAGUCCGUGCAUCUGCCUAAAUUAGUGAAGGCUUUCAAGAACCAAAUAACAUCUGUGCAUCCCUUUCUGGCAUUUGACGAUGAACUGGUGGAGAUCAGAGAGCAGAAGGAUGAGUUGGAUCCCGAAGAAGUCUCCUCACUCAUUGAGUUUUUACUUGCACUUUCACAACAUGACACACAGGUACAGGAACUGCAAGCAGCACAUUUGUUCUUGACAAGGAGGUUUUCAGACAGUGCAGAGAUUUAUUCCACGCUCCUGCAAAACGGUGCUAAAAACACCUCAUCCCAAAACAGUCCAGAGAGAAAAGCUCGACUCCUAACCUGCCGAGCAGCGGCCUGCAUGUCAGCAGGAGGAAAAGCUGCAGAGGACUGCAAAGAUCUGGGUGAAGCAUUUGACAUCCACCCUGCCACCGCUCGAAUCUACUUCCAAAAGCUCUUCACCGAUCGCGGCACAGGGAUAGCAGCUCAGAACCAUCUGCGUCAGCAGGCGGAGAGAUGGUUGUCUGACUUCAGAGACAAGGUCUUUAUCCGGGGAGACUUUCGAUCCACAGAGGGAGCUGAGCUCCUGGACCCCGUCAUCACCUCUUUACGAACACUUUGUCAUUUGGAGCCUAAUGGAGGAGGGAGAGAGCUGAGGGUUCGACUGGCUGACAGUCUUCUCCUCAGAGGGGAGCACAAGGAGGCGCUCUCCAUUUGUAGCCAGCUAGCAGCCGCCCCGGGACAGCAGAGCUAUCAGAACACAGUCCAUGUUCUCCGUGGAUAUGCCCGCCUUCUUUCUGAUGACCACAGAGGGGCACUAGAGGACUUCCAAGCUGUGAUUGAGCACAGCACUCCUCACCCCUCCAGCUGUGUGAGGGCCCUUUGUGGCAGAGGGCUCCUGCGCAUGAUGGCCGGCUCAAACUACCUCACAGCUCUGGAUUACAUGACAGCCACCAGACUUCACCCCCAAGAAACAGCGCUGACUAUCCGCUGCUUGGUGCCUUGGAACUACAGAGGGCUGCUGGUGACGGUUCUUCUGGAGCAGGGACGAGUUGUUCUGGAGGAGACAAUUCUGCACAAGUCCACAUCUAACUCUGGUGACGAUCCUCAGCAGGUUCUCCAGGAGGACAAGCAGCAAGGCCCAAAGAGAGGCAACAGAUCAGGAUCUUCUGCUGGUGUCCAGUCUCUCGCUGCCUUGCUGAUGGAGCUCCAGCCUGGUGGUGUUGGGCCUCACAUACUUGCAGCAGAUGCUUUGUACCAACUCGGCAGAGUGGAGGAGGCCUACAGGUUACUUCUGUCUAUUGGGACCAUUAAUCCUCGUGGACCCACACUGGCUCGCCUCGCUCUGCUGCAGCUACACAGGGGCUUUCUUUAUGACACCAAUCAGCUGCUGAAAAAACUGAUACUGUGCAGCGACACCAGCUGCCUGCACAGCCUCCUGGGCGUGGUACAACCAAAAGACAGAGCGCUGCUGCAGGGACACUGCCACUCUGCAGCCAAACGCAUCCUGGACGGCUCAAGAGAGGAGGCCGCUCUCAGGGAGGCUGUGAUCUAUCUGUCCAUGGCUAUCAUGGCAUCUGGUGGUGAAGCAACAGAGUCCUUGCUAGAAAGAGGAAGGUGUUAUGCCUUGCUAGGACAGCGAAAGACAGCCAUAUUUGAUUUCAGCGCCAUCUUGAAGAAGCAUCCGAAACACGUGCAGGCUCUGUGUGGAAGAGGCUUUACUUAUCUUAUGCUGGAUCAAGAAAAGGAAUGCAUCCAUGACAUUCUGGAGGCUCUUCAGGUGAACGCAGACUCAGUCGUCACGGACAUCCUGUCAGUCAAGGAGAAGGCGGGAAAACUGCUCAAAGAGGCAUUUAUCAUUGCUGGCGCUUUGAUGAGGACUGACAGCAGAGACCCAAGAUGGCAUCUUCUUUAUGUGGACAUACUCCUAGCAAAAGGUGAUAUAAAGGCAGCGGGGACGCAUUUGUGUCACAUUUUUGGCCAGGAACCGAGAGAUGCAGUGGCCCAGGCCAGGAUGGGCGUGAUGGAAACCUGGCAGCAGAACUACCACAGGGCAGCUCUCAGGUUCAGCAAUCUACUCAAGAAAGAUUCAUCCUGUCUCCCCUUCCUGCUGGCCUUGAUCCCGUUUAAUCAACAAAAAUGCUUGGCAAAGGCAGCAGCACAGGAGGCGAGUAGUGUGUCGUCAGAGGGCCGCUGGGAUCAGGCCGUCACCCUCCUGACAGUCGCCAUUCAAGCAGCAGGGAACCACAAACUUCUCUACCUUCGCCAACGAGCCGCCUGCUUAGCACAGCUGAGCUUACACGAGCAGGCCGCAGCUGAUCUAGACAAAGUCAUCCAGAAACAUGGCGAUAUGGAAAGUUCCUCUUUAGAGGACCGAGAACUCUGGGCGGAUGAUCUGUGCAGACGGGGCAGCAGCCUGCUGCUCUGCUCCAGAGAGGAAGCGGCACUGGAUGACUUCAUCCAGGCCCUGGAGCUACACAGGGACCAGGCCAUUCAGGGUAUCGCAGCAGGCCCAGGGAGGCGGCGCCUGGCUGAGUGCUUUCUUCAAGGGGCCCUGCAGCACUAUGGGGAGCAGCAGCUCAGCAAAGUGUGGACAAUGAUUGAAUGUGGCCUCUUCCUUGACGGUAAAAAUACAGAACUUCGUAGACUGAGGGCAAAGGUCAAGCGUGAAAUGGCCAGCCCUUGCAUUGUAAAUUGA